AUAAAAAGUAUAAAAGUAAUAGUUCGAAAUCAUGGACUGCUUAAUGAUGUAAUACAAUUAUAUGGUAUGAGAAAUCGAGCUUUACUAGAGUUUAGAGCUUUGUUGUAAAUACAUUCAAGCAUGUAGUUUAUCUGACACACACUUUCCUGGUGUCUGUGAGCCAGUGGGAUUAAGUUCCACUAGGACUGCGAGCGCGCGCCUGCGUGUGCGCGCGCCUGCGCGUGUAUUUCUUGCUCUUGCCGGUUAACUCGCUUUCAGUGUGAAUGAAUCGCGAGAAGAGUGAACAUUCAAACACUAAUGUUGUUCUAACUCGAGACGAAGUUAAACCUGAACAGAUGGGCUCUUUCUACCGUAAUGAAGAGGACGAUGAGUCUCUAAUGCAGAACAGCACUGAGGAAGAGACCAAAAUUACACCUGUGAUUGCCCAAGCAGAGGCUGAGCAGUGUCAAGAAUUCUGUCCAUCUAGUAUGAAACACCGCCUACUUCAACUACAAUCUGUGGCUUCUUUCCAAAGACCAUGCCCUAAUUCACUCAAUGAAGGGUCAACUCAAAAGAGAAACUCUGAAUUUGGGCAUUCCCCCAAAGCAGAAAAAUCUUACAGCAGCAUAGUGAGUCCUAGCAUCCGUAGGCUUGAAGUAAGCUGCUGUUCCGAUAUUUACACCAGCUUUGGAGGAUCUCAGUCCCAUUCAGAAUCUGUGUACAUUUAUGCUGAAAGCAUCAAAGGUUGUGACACUUCCUGUUCUAAUGUAUCGGAAAACUGGGGCUUAAUUUGUCUCUAUACGGAGGUUGAGAACACCACUCAAGUGCCUAGAUCUGAGACUGCAAAACUAGACAGCAGCAUAGAAGCCUUGUUCGGAUCGGAGUCUUCCUGCAACGAUGAGUCUGUCAGUGGUGACUGUGAUUCGGAUUCAAGCGGUGUUAAUGCAGAUUGGGAGCAAAGUUUGGACUCUGAUAACGACUCAUGCAAUUCGGUGUCCAGCUUUGCGAGGGCACAGUGGGGCUCUGCUUCAACCUGUUCAGGCUCUGCUGCCAGUGGUAAUAUCACUCACUGUGAUUUAAAUUCCUCAUUCUCCAUCACAGAACAAAAUGGUGGCUCUUUUAGCAAGCAUAUUACGGCAGGGAACUAUGACCCCUCCAUUGGUCAACUCAAGGAAAAACAUUUUAAAGGAGGACACCAUGGCUUGCCAGUGAGCAAUUUCAAGCCAGAACAUCAUAACUUGCUAGUUGGGCAUUUUGUUAGAGCACACUGUGACUCUUCAGUCGACCAUUUUGAUAGAGGGCACUGUGAAUCACCAGUUGACCAUUUUGAUGGAGGACACUGUGACACUCCAGUCGACCAUUUUAAUAGAGGGCACUGUGAAUCACCAGUUGACCAUUUUAGUGGCGGACACUGUGAUUUUCCAGUCGGACAUUUUGAUGGACAUUGUGAAUUUCCAGUUAACCAUUUUUAUGGAGGACACUGUAAUUCUUCAGUGAGCCAUUUUGAGGUGGACUGUCAAAAUUUGCCAGUUGGGCAUUUUGAGGUGGGGCACCCUGACUUCCCUGUUGGUCAUUUUGAGGCAGGACACUGUAGCUUGCCAGAUGGCCAAAUUGACGAGGCUCACUGUGACCUGUACAAUGAUUUUUCUGAGAGCAGAGGUCCAGUCUGUUACAGAGCGAAAGAGCAUGACCAUUUCCAUUUCAAGGACAACUCUGAGCUUACAUGGAGGAAACUUCAGGGUGUUGUAACUCAUCCGGAUCGGUAUCGUGUUGCACCAUUUUUUCACGAGAUGAUGAACGAGGCAGAGCGUGACAGAAAUCAAGAUAAUCAUGUAAAGAUAAACAAAGGCUUUCUUUUCCAUCCACAAAGGUUUUUGCAGGCGAGAAACACAGAAUAUAGGGAAGGCCAUGAGUAUUCCAUGCUUCGCCAUGUACAGAAUGGAUCAUAUGGAGAUGUGUUCAGUGUGCGUGACAAGCAAACUGGGUAUACGUGUGCUGCCAAAAAGAUUCCUUUGAGCUGUUUCAGCUGGGAGGAAGUACGAACAUGGAGCAGGUUGGACUCACCACGUGUCCUUCAGCUCUAUGGCGCUGUGCAAGAGGGCCUGAAUGUCAUCCUUUUUAUGGACCUUAAAACUGGCUCAUUAGCUCAGUUCUUAAAAGCAAGUGGGCAUUUUGCUGAAGAUCUGGCUCUUUAUUAUCAUCAUCAGGUGUUGCAGGCUCUGGAACAUCUGCAUAGCAGAAAUGUGAUUCACCUGGAUGUUAAAGUGGACAACGUUUUACUUUCAAAGGACAAGAGAUACUGUUUCCUAUGUGAUUUUGGACUAUCUGAGACGUUGGACCAGACUGGAUACAGCACCAAGACCUUUCGUGGUAACGGUCUGCGUGGCACAGAGAGCCACAUGUCCCCUGAGGUGGCUCGUGGAGAUCCUCGCUCAGACAAAGCAGAUGUCUGGAGUAGCUGUUGUAUGUUACUGCACAUGCUCAGUGGCCAUCAGCCGUGGACACGCUACUACACACAUCCGCUCUGCUUGAAAAUUGUGAGUGAGCCGGCCCCUCUGUGGGAGAUUCCUUUUGGCUGCGACCCCUUGACCUGUCAUGUCAUCAAAGGUGGAUUGGUCAAGGAGCCAAGAAAGAGGGACUCUGCCAGGGAGCUGCUGAAGAAAAGCAGUAGAGCUUUGUGUUCUGUAGGCAGCCCCUUUGACCUGGUCCAAUCAGCUACACAGACUCUACCCUAUGCCAAGACCUCCCCACCAAUGCCAACACCUAAUGCUCUCACCAAUCCACUGUUGGUCCCACCCCCAGUUUCCAUAACAACAGAAAAGCGUUCUGCUCCCAGAAUUCAGUGGGUCAGCAGGUGGAGAGAACAAGCAGCUGAGGAGGAUGAGAAUGAUUCAGAAGACACAUAUGAGGACAGUAAUGGAGGAAUGGAUAGAACAGAAAGAUGGAUGGAGAAGUACUGGGGAUUAGGAAAGGAAUACACACUUACUGAAAAUCAAAAUGACACAGAUGAAGAGACCAAGUCCUUGUCAGAAGAAGGAUGGAGAGAAAUAGCAGCUGCAGAAGAAAGGAAUGAGGAGGAGGAAGAGAGUGAUGAAGAGAUAGAGAGUGAUUUGGGGAGUUUGAGGGAGCUUGGAAGUAAGGGUGAGUGGGAGCCAUUUCUUCACCUGCAGAUCCUCUUUGGUUCAAAGCAGCAAAACAGUGGAGAUGAAUGGUCUGAACAGGAUGGAGACUGUGUGCCAUCUUUGAUGACAAGUUCAAAUGACCUUAACUUGUGUGAGCGAUUAACUCUUGCCUGCCAUCGCAGCAUUUGCACUUCUGAUGUCGAUUCCACUUACAAGGGUUCUGAUUGGUCAGAUGACUUGAGCUCCGGUGUGUUCUCAUCUUACAGCAGCCUUCCAGAUGAGCAGAGCUUUAAUGUGGAUUGGUCUGUCUCCACCAAUCAGCCACCUUCUUGCAGGUUUGAAGGCUUUGGAGUGGAUAUCUGGGUGGAAGAUGUGAAUGGGGAUACUUUUAGGAUCAGGGAGAGACGAAAGGUGAAGCUAGGUCAUGUUGCUAUGGGCAUAAGUGCACAGAUCUCAAUAAGCGCGUUCAGUUUAGCUACGCUGGAUGGGAAGCAAGUCUCCCAUGACACAGAGGUUUUGGAGUCAGGCAUGUGGCUGCUGUGUGUCUCUGCUGCCGACAGCAGCACCAGCUGGACUUGGAGGAUCCGAGAUGGCAAAAUGGAGGUGCAAGAAGCUGAUGGACUGCAGUCAGACACCUGUUCUACUAUAGCAGCCUGAAAACUAUGAACACCACAUUCCCUUUCUUCACUUCAGUUUUGUGCUAUUCUUUUUCCAAAAUAGUAAAGUUUUAAAGUAUUAAAAAUGAAAGUGUUAACUUAUUGACACAAUUUCUUUUCCCCCUGAGAAAACAUUUACUGAAACCCAGUGGCAGGCCAUAUUGUUUCACCACCUUCAGUGGUGUCCUACCUGAGUCAAUCCACCUCUUAAUACCAUUAUUAUGAUGCCACGGCUAUAGAAACUACCAAUACUAUACAGAAACACAGUAUAACAGCAUUGCAUCACAAACAGAUAUCUCAUACAGCAAAAUGAAUGCCUAAAUACACCUACAUACAUUAUCUCUAGCAAAGCAUCAAUAUGAACCUUAUAAAAUGAUCCCAGGUUUUCUGUGGAUGCUUGUGCAUUUUUUUAGUGCAUAAUGGUUUUCUUGGGGAUUUUAAAUUAGGGCAAAUUGUGUGUUUUUGUGCAAAUUCUACGAAAAAGAAAACGCAAAGGUAUAAAUGGUUCUUGAAAAGUCCAUGUUAAAAAUGUCAUUGUAAGUGUAUCUGAGACCAAAUCAAAUUCUUCUUCUCUGUGAGCCAAUGUGGAAUGAUAACACAACUAUUAAAUCCACACGAAUAUAUAUGCGUUUGUGCAGCUCUGACUAGCGGGUCGCCGUGUUCUGACGCUUGUGAGAGGGCCUUGGAGUAACCAAAUUGCUGUCUGAUUGGUUAAAGCAACAGCUUCAAGAAACAUGGAGUUUAUGGUAAAAAAGCAUGGGGCCUUAUAUCAACACGUAAUGUGGUAGCUAAAAUGGGAUUGGAUAAAAACUCAUAACGUAUAAACCCAAGAAAACUAUGAAAUGAAGUGAAUGGACUGUUGGGCAUAAUUUAAUACAUAUUCAUGGACAAAAACAUAUAAAAAUAUAAGUUAGUGAGUCUAAUAGAGUUUUGUUAAGCAGAGAAGGGCUUGCUCGCCCUGACCUCCUGCCACUGCUGAAACCUUUUUAUAACUUUUAAGCAGUGCGUUUAUAGUGCCCCCUGGUGCUUGUCAGAUGAAUUACAAGUUUAAUGAAAAGUGUUUUCCCCCUGACUGUGUUCCUCUGUUAGGCUGAUUUAUACAGUUUAAUGAAAAAUGAUUUUUAAAAGAAAGCUAAUCAUCUGUAUAACUGCUGAGGGUGGAGAUUUCUGGGCCAGAAAUAUAUAAAAAAUUACUAUUUUUUAAUAUGAGGCAUUGGAUUGUAAUUACCCGUUAAAAAAAAAAGUAGAAGAAAUAUUAUGAAUCACUGAAUCUUAUUUGAUAAUUACAAUCCUGGGAACUUUAUAGAACUUCUGGGAACAUUAUAGACUUCUCCAGAAAAUCUUCAAUUUCUUAAAUGAAAGUCUAAGUAAAAAUUCUAGUUAUUUAUCUUGUAAGUCAAUAUUUAGGAAGUACUUUGGCAAGGCUUUGUUGUGAUUAGCGAGUAUUUCCUGCACUGGUUGACACUCUUUAUUGACUGAUUGAUUUAUUAAGAUUUUACCUGUUACCCUAGUACAAAAGUCACAUUUUUGUAUGACGUUUUUGUCUGUAUUUUUUUUUUUUUACAGUAUUUAUGAUAAAGCUCAUUAAAAAAAUACAAAUAAAAAUGAAAUGACAUCAUGGGGAAAAAAUAAACAAAUACAAAUGACAUAACAACAUGAAAUUUAUAUUGACACAAUACAAAAAUAAUAAACAAAAUCAUUUUCAGUCUGGAUUUAUUAAGCGUUCAAUAUGCGUUCUGUUAAAAACAAUACCAACGUCUGAGACUAAGUCCAGAUAUAUAAUCAGUCAGAGCUCAUCUUAAAAAGGACUAUACUUCUUCACAAGAUCAGCAAGAAACAGGCCAGAACUAAACCACCCUAAGCUUUAAAUGUUUCAUAACUGAGUAUCAUUAAUAGGCAGUUUGAAAAGCCAGAAAUAAGCUAAAUUUGUUUAAUGAUAAGGCCGUGAAGCUUCAACAUCUGCAAUUGACCUGCAUUUCUACAGUCACCCUGUGACAUUUACAUCAUUUGGCAGACAACCUCAUCCAUAGCGACUUAAUUAUUCAAUUAUCAGAUCAUUCAAGCAGUUAGGGUUAAGGGCCUUGCUCAAGGGCCCAGCAGUAACAACUUAGUGAUGGUGAGAUUUGAACCCUUUCAGAUCAGAAGUCCAACAUCUCAACCACUGAGCUACCCUUACUCCUGACAUCACUGCAGGACAUAACUCUACACAAUUACUUCUUUUCACUAAUAGGAAUGCAGCAUUUAAUAACAACUAAUAAAUAGAGCAUUUAGCGUGUUUUAGAGUGUAGUCUUACUUUAACCGUGAAACAUGAGUGGUAUCGUCACAUUAUU